CUCUCCCUUCCUAGUAAACAGUGGGUUUAGGUCUUCCUCUGAAACCAUCUCUCUCACUCCCUGUCUUCUUCUGUAAUUCCGAAGUCGCGAACAAACUGUAACAGCAAUGGCUGCUCUCACCUAUCCCGCCACCACCGCCACUUCGUCGCUCUCAACCCUCAGAAGAAAGCCCUUUGCUUUCAAUCCCUCCAAGUUUUUAUCCUUCUCUUCCCAAACCCAAAACCCCUCCACCACCUUGAGAAGCUUAACGCCUCUUAAAUCCUCUACAAACCCCCCCGCCGCCACCCCAGAUCUCUCUCCCAUCGCCUCCUCCACCACUCCCCAAAGCCUCAAAUCCCGUCUCCAUAGCGGUGAAACCCUCUACGGCCUCUUCCUCCUCAGCUUUUCCCCAACCUUCGCCGAGAUCGCCGGCCUCGCUGGCUAUGACUUCGUUGUGGUCGACAUGGAACACGGCCCCGGUGGUGUCUCCGACGCACUCUCCUGCAUCCGCGCCCUCGCCGCCACCGGUACCCCGGCGAUUCUCCGAUUACCGGACAGCUGCCCCAUAUGGGCCAAGAAAGCGCUCGAUAUCGGUCCACAGGGGAUCAUGUUUCCGAUGAUCGAAGGCCAAAAGGCCGCCAAAAAGGCUGUCUCGUACUGUCGGUUUCCGCCCAAAGGAGUGCGGGGGACGGCCCACACGGUGGUGAGGGCGUCGAGCUACGGGAUCGACGAAGGGUAUCUGGCUAAUUACGAAGAUGAGCUGCUGAUCAUGUGCCAGGUGGAGUCCGAGGAGGGGGUAAAACGAAUCGAGGAGAUCGCGGCCGUGGACGGGGUCGACUGCAUUCAAAUGGGGCCGAUGGAUCUGAGCGCGAGCAUGGGAUACCUCUGGGAUCCGGGGAACAAGAAGGUGAAGGAUAUGAUGAGGACGGCGGAGAAGGCCGUGCUGGCGGUGGGGCCCAAACCUACCGGCGGGAAAGGUGGGGCAUACUUGUCAGGUUUUGCGAUGCCAUACGAUGGCCCUGAUGAUAUGAGGAAGCGCGGAUAUCACAUGGUAUCAGGCGCCGUCGACAUUGGGCUUUUCCGGAGCGCUGCCGUGGAGGACGUCAAGAGGUUUAAGAUGGGUUUGAUGGACGGCUCUAACGAUGAUGAAGAUGAGCAGCAGGAUGGCGGAGACGCAGAUGACAAGUACUGGAGCGAAUGAAAAACCAAAAAAGAACAAAAAAAAAAAUGCCUUUUUGGAGAUUUCGGCAUUACUUUUCUGCAACUCUGAAUUCUCUCAUUUUCAUCUUUGAUCGUAAAUGUAAUGGGAUUGUUCUGAUUCUCGCA